AUGGACACUUUUUAUUCAUGUACUGUUAACCGCAAUUCUAUCACUUUCAGUGAUCCACAAGAACAACCCGUAUCGUAUGGGCAUCCUGCCUUUCAAGAUAACGCCCACAAAUCUAGAGGGCUUAUCACCCUAUACAGGACACCGUACAUCACACAGUUCAGUGAAUCGCAGAACCUUCAAUAUGAUUCUCCAACUGCUGGUAUUCUUCGGCAACGCAGUACUCUACGUAGCGAGGUACCUUCUCCAGUUGCUCCAUUGCACCUCAAGCAUGGACGCGAAACAACUUCUAUUCUCUACGCUAGUGAUCUACGUGGCUUAUUGCGUGUUCAACACUACCUACGGAUUGUACAGGGCACUUGUUCAGUACAUAACCGAUUCGAAUAUGAAUGGAGUGUUAACGUUUCUUGUAAUUGGAGUGAUAGUGUUGAAAUGUUUAUAAUACGUUGCGAUUUUUAGUGUUUAAAAUGUAUAUUACCAGCGCUUUCGAAUAAUCACGAUGAAUAAGUAGGUAUCAUGCCAUGAAUCGACGUCCUUAUAAUUUAAUAACUUUUUUUUAUAAAUGUUACCAUUAUGAUAUGGUGAGUUUAUUAUGUAAAUAAAAAACCUUUGUUUUAAUAUAAAUAAAAUAAUUAUUUCAACCCAUUUAUAAUACAAUAAAUAGGCACACAAUAGGUUUUAAUAUGAUUUUUUUUUCACACUUU